CGGGGCCGUGGGACUGGGGCGGGAUCGGGGCAGGCUGGGCUGGGUUCAGGCUGGGGCUCCGCAUAAAUACUCUUCCCAGAGCUUACGGAGCUUGGGGACCCUUGGUGGUGCUAAGUCCUAUUCCCUACACGAACCUGUUCGGCAUUGGAGGAACGGUAAAUCAAGAAUUCAUUUCUCAAAAUGUGGCAGCUCUUGGCCACUCUGUGCAGCCUGGUUGUACUGACCAGUGCUAGGAGCAGACCAUCCUUUUCUCCUCUUUCAGAUGAAAUGGUCAACUAUGUCAACAAGCUCAAUACUACAUGGCAGGCUGGGCACAACUUCCGUAAUGUGGACAUGGGCUACAUAAAGAAACUCUGUGGUACCUUCAUGGGUGGAGCCAAGCUACUACCUCAGAGAAUGUUGUUGGCUGAUGGCAUGAAGCUACCAGAAAACUUUGAUGCCCGGGAACAGUGGCCAAACUGUCCAACCAUCAAGGAAAUAAGAGACCAGGGUUCCUGCGGCUCUUGCUGGGCAUUUGGAGCUGUGGAAGCCAUUUCUGACAGGAUCUGUGUACAUACUAAUGGAAAUGCCAAUGUAGAAGUUUCUGCUGAGGAUCUGCUUAGCUGCUGUGGAUUAGAGUGUGGGGAAGGCUGUAAUGGUGGCUUUCCUUCUGGAGCUUGGAGGUAUUGGACCAAGAAGGGUCUUGUAUCCGGUGGCCUCUAUGAUUCCCACGUAGGCUGCCGACCUUACUCCAUCCCUCCAUGUGAGCACCAUGUGAAUGGUUCCCGCCCUGCCUGUACUGGAGAGAUGGGAGACACCCCCAAAUGCAGCAAGAAGUGUGAAGCAGGCUAUUCUCCUGACUACAAAGAUGACAAACACUAUGGAUCAACCUCUUACAGUGUACCUUCAAGUGAGCAGGAGAUAAUGGCUGAGAUCUACAAGAACGGCCCUGUGGAGGGAGCUUUUCUUGUAUACUCUGACUUCCUCCAGUACAAGUCUGGUGUAUAUCAGCAUGUUACUGGAGACAUGCUUGGAGGCCAUGCCAUUCGUAUCCUAGGCUGGGGUGUGGAAGAUGGUACUCCAUACUGGCUGGCUGCCAACUCCUGGAACACAGACUGGGGUGAUAAUGGCUUCUUUAAAAUCCUCCGUGGAAAGGAUCACUGUGGAAUAGAAUCUGAAAUUGUGGCUGGAAUUCCUCGAACAGAUCAAUAUUGGAAGAAGAUCUAACUUGCUGUCACUUGCCCAACUUAAUUUUUUUUAAAAAGAAAAAAAAACUUAGGAAUGGGAAGGCAAAUGGGAGAAUUGACUAUUUUUAAAAGACUUUGGAGCUGGAGAGAUGCAUUUAUUCCUAUUUUGUUUCAACAGGAAGGUUAUUGGGAAAUUUUAGACAAAUCACUGAGUUUUGAGAAUUUGGUUGAGCUGAAUUGUAGUGGAGUCAGCCAGCUUCAUUAAUAAUACAUAGGCACAUAAUUCUUGGUCUGACUCCAUCUAAUAAUGCAUGCCAUUUCAGGUUUUAAGUAAUUCUGUGAAUAGCACAUGGCACUGCUGGCAAACAGGCUGUGUACUACCUUUGAGACCCAUGAUGCUUUCUUUAAAAAGGUCUCUUUCCAUAAGUGUCUCCCUAAUUCUGUCAUUAUGACUCCUGCAACUCCUUUCUUCUCCCACCCCCCCAAAUCUUUUAGGAGUCAGGAACCAAUGAUUUGAGGGAAGGGGCUGACUUUUUUCCUAAGGUCUAGAGUAGGGAAGGAGGUAAAGAGAUUGUCAGAAAUCAACUUGAUCAAUUUAUUGGGGGGGGGCGGCGGCGGCUGGGAUGGGAGGGGGAAGAGACUGUUGUGGGGAGGGCCACCAGGUUUCAGAAUCCUAAUCUGUCCCAGUUCUCACUGCUAACAAUCCCAUACUAUGCUUACUCGUCCUUAGGAUACUUUUGCUGCCAGUCUGCCCAAAGCCAUCAAGCUUUGCAGUAUUGCACACCCCCUUAGGUCUUUUCUCUGGUGAGAUUCAAAUAAAGCUCUAUUUUUGGUUAGUGUGCCUUGGCUUAUCAUACAAAGAGGAGCUGCCAGGAUCAGUUGUUACUCAAUAGAAGCCUAAACCUCUUGUUUUAAAAGAAAAGCUGGGUGGCUAAUCACUCUCCCAAGAGCAAUACUCCCUCUGCUCCCUCUACACCAGUGGGGAAGGUGGAGGAUAAGCAGGUGUCCACUGGAGAAACAAGCUCUUGCUGUUCUUUGCCCCAUCGAGCAAUUUAACCUCAAUGUUGGUUUUAGUGACUGAAUGGAACCGAGAACUCUUGUGCCAAUAAAAGACUUCUCCUAAA